AUCUACCCAUUGUAAGAAGAAAAAUGUUAAAGUGAUUUGAAGCAUAGAAUGGAGGAAAGGAGAGCAAGAACUACUUGCUGCCAGAAGAGGAAAAUCAAAGUGAAAGGAGGAAGACCAAAUGAGAAGGGAAGGGGGGUUCGGCAGUUGACCGAGCAGCGGUUGGAAACAUACAUUACCAACGGGAAUCUUGUCGGUAAAUUGGAGAAAAAGCUGCAAAACCAGGCACCAGCAGCAGGAUUCACUGGAUGGGUUGGUAGUGAACUUCUUGAACUAUUAGAGCUGAAAUCCUGUUACAUGAUCUUAGUGAAGACUCAAGAAUACAGUUUUGCCUAUAAUGGCCAGGUACUCUUCACAGUUCUUCAAAACUUCAAUAUAUUGUUUGAGCCUAAGACAGUCCUCUGUGGGUCAGCAGGGAACAAAUUCUUUUUCUCCAACGAGAAUAAGCUUGUCACCUCUUGGUCGCCAGAUUCCGUUAACAAGAUCUGCCCUUCUUCCACUCAAACAAGCUCUAAGGAGGAAUCGAAAGUGUUGAGGCAAAUGCUGCCCACCUUUCUCAAACCAGAAGCCUUGCAGAUGUACAUAGGCAUGAUGGAUGCUAUUGUACAGAGGAACUUUGAGGCCAAUUGGGAUGGGGAGCAACAAGUAAAGGUUUUUCCUCUGGCAAAAAGAUACACUUUCUGGGUUGCUUGCAAAGGUUUUUUGAGCAUAGAGGAGCCAGACCAUGUUGCCAAACUAGCCAGCCCUUUCAAUGCUCUGGCUUCUGCAAUCCUCUCUAUUCCUAUAGACCUGCCAGUUUACGGCUCUGGCAUAACAAAUGGAGAUUGCGAAAUCGAAAAAACCAGGGAGCUGCUGAACUGUGAAGACAUUCAAAAGAUGAAGUAUUCAUGGAAUGUUGCCUGUGAAGUUAUGAGACUUGCCCCUCCACUUCAGGGUGCCUUUAGGGAAGCUAUCAAUGAUGUCACCUUUGCCGGUUUCUCCAUUCAUAAAGGCUGGAAGAACGUGAAUUCGACACAUGGGAACCCAGAUUGCUUCUCCGAACCUGAAAAUUUUGAUCCUAAAAGGUUUGAAGGGAGUGGACCAGCUCCUUACACAUUUGUCCCUUUCGGAGGAGGGCCAAGAACGUGCCCUGGGAAAGAGGAUGCGCAUUUGGAGACACUUGUGUUCAUGCAUCAUGUGAUCAUGAGACACAAGUGGGAGAAGCUGCUUCCUUGGGAGAAGAUUGUGUGGAUCCUUUGCCAAUGCUAGUGAAAGGGCUUCCUGUUCGCCUACUUCCUCAAAAUGCCUAGACUGCUUUAUAAGCAGCAACAGUGAUUGCAUUUACCCACUUUGGGCACUUCCGGGGUAUAGUAGACGGAUCCUUAAUUUUGAUUUCAAAAUAAUAACUUUAAAAUUAUUUC